UCACAGUGCAGUGGGAAGACGAAGAACUAUUGGUGAUCGCUUAGCUUUCUUUCUACUGUUAGAACAGUGUUUUUGUUCUUUGUGCACAGUAAAAUUACUAGUCUGCACUGACAUUUAAAUAUAGUGCCCUCAGUAAGGAUUAUUCUUAACACAAAAUUCUGUUCUGUAUUAAAUUCAUCCCAGCUUUUGUGAUUCUUUGAGGUGUUUAUUGUUUCAUCAAAACUGGAGAGCGAGUGGUAGCAGACCUUUGGAAGAAGGAUGCGGGAUUUCAAGCGAAUAGGAUUGUUAUUGUUUGUCGCAGUCUCAGGUUAUUUAUUAGAAAUUAUUCAAGGAGCUAAACUUAUUAUUAAUCCAGCUGGUGAUAAACAGAGUCAACCUGCUGGUAAAGGUUUUGGUUUAACAUGUCAAGGAGAAGCAGAAACCACAGAUCUUUUUUCAGAAAUGAAGUGGUUUGGCCCCAAGGGUGAAUUAGUAGAAGGUACUUCAGGUCCUAUAGAAGUUUCAAAAGCUGGUAGUGCACUUCUUCUUAUGUUUAAAUCUCCAACUGCUGAAGAUAGUGGAAUGUAUAAUUGUAGUGCUGUGUAUGAUAAUAUUGACAGAUUAAAUGCUGGAUUGCAAUUAGUUUUUUAUCGUGACAUAACUUGGGAAGACUGCCCUACUAAACAAGCCCUUGUAAUUAGUAAUAAUGGCAAGAUUAGAUGUAGAGUUUCAGCUAAUCCACCAGCAACUAUAUCCUGGUUUAAAGAUGGUCAACCUGUCAAUCCUGAGCAAUAUAAAAUUGAAGUUGAUGGUGUUCAAGUCACAGGUGUAACUGAAGAGGAUAAAGGAGAUUAUUCUGUCCGAGCAAUGGUAUCACAGACUGGUCGAUUCCAGAACAGAGAAAUUAAAGUUGAGGUUCAUGUUCCUCCUGAAAUCAUAGAAUUAGAUGAUAAACUGGAAGCUACGGAAGGUAAUGAGGCUGUAAUGCGGUGUCAAGCUAGUGGUUUUCCUCGACCUGUUUAUGCAUGGUUUGAUCCUGAUCAAAAAGAUUUGAGUACUGCUGAAGGACAUGUUGUGGAUGCUGACACUGGUACUUUGACUAUUAAUAAUGUAAAACGAGAAAAUCGGGGUCGCUACACUUGUUUGGCAAAAAACCCAGCUGGAGAUGCUAAGCGAAGCUUAGAAUUAACAGUCAUAGUUAAGCCAGAAAUAACAGUAUUUAACAAUUAUACAUCUGUUGAGAAUAAAGAAGCUAAGUUGGAAUGUUAUGCUACUGGAGAUCCACUGCCUGAAUUAACUAUCAGAAAAGAAGGACAAGAUAAGCCAUUUGAUGAUGAAGAUGACAGAGUGAUUCUGACCAAAGGUGAUACUGCAGAUGAAGCUGUGUUAACUUUAGAAAUUCAAAGAACUGUUCGAUCUGAUGAUGGUUUAUAUUAUUGUGCAGCUGAAAACAAAGGGGCACAUGUUGAACGAACUGGCCAUCUGACAGUCGAAUUUUCACCAGUUAUGAGUUCGACUCCUAGUACAUCUGUAAAAACAUGGAGUGGAAAUCCUGCAAAUUUGACUUGCAUUGCUGAAUCUAUACCAAAUGCAACUAUAACAUGGUCAUUCCAAGGUCAAAAGAUUCAAGAUGAUGAGUUUUACACUAUAUAUGGACGCAGUGCACACAGUAAUUUGAUGGUUCGUCCAGCAGCAGAACGUGGUCAAAGUGUGUAUGGAAUAUAUAGAUGUGAAGCUGAAAACAAACAUGGAAGCCAGUUUAUUAACAUAGAAUUACAAGAAGCACGUAGACCAUCUGGCUUAAGAGAUGUAAGGGCUGCAAAAGAAACUGCUACAACCAUCACAUUUGAAUUUGAUGGCCCUGGUGAUGAUGGAGGACUUCCCAUUCGUGCCUUUGUUGUUAAAUAUCAUGAAGAAGAUGAGCCUUAUGAUCAACCAGUAGUUCAUGAAUGGAGUGAAGGUUUUCCAUAUGUGCUUGAAAAUUUAAAGCCUCGAACAGCAUACAAAUUCCGUUUUGCUGCAAGAAAUGAAGUUGGUAUUGGUGAAUGGAGUGAUGAAAAGCGAAUUGUUAUGCCUGCUGAAUCAGCUCCAGAACCUCCGAAAUUUAUUACACCUGGAGGAAAUGUGAGCAUGUACUCUGAUCGAUUUCAGAUUCGUUGGACUGUACCAUUAGAUAAUGGACGUAAAAUUGAUUUCUUUGAAUUGCGUUAUUUUGAAGCGGAAAAGAAAAAUGGAAUGUGGCGUAGGGUAGGAGAAGUAGUACAGAAGAAAAUUACAGACUGGGAAAAUGCCCCUUCAUAUGAAAUGAAUAAGUUGAAAUCUAAUACAUUUUAUAAAGUAGAAGUUAGAGCUCACAAUGAUAUUGGUUUUAGUCAGGAUGCAACUAUGAUAUUUCAGACAGCUGCAGAUCCCAGCAAAGGUACACAAGGUCGCUCUCACAUCCACAUGCCUGGUUCAGAGCAUGAUCAGCUAAGCAAUGGUUAUUCUGGCCAGGUACCAAGUUCAUUAUCCACAGGUGCAAUUCUUGCCAUCAUUAUUGCUAUUGUCCUUGUCAUUCUAAUUAUUGUUGAUGUGACUUGUUACGUCCGAUACCACUGGGGCCUCGUCUUUUUCCUUCGGAGUCGUGUGUGUGCUAAGCCGAUGGUCAACGAAAAGGCUAAGGAAGCUGCUUAUGAAGAUGGAAAAGGAGGAGGAAAUGAGGCUAAUACAAACAAUGGAAAUGUUAAGAUAGAUGUGGACAAUUCAACUGUCCCUGAAAAAGGCGAUAACCCUGAAAAAAAAACGAGAACAGAAGUGGAUAACCCAGCAUUUGACAAAGAGAAGGAGCCUCUCAAGGUCACUGAAGAAACUGAAAAAGAUAAUGAUGGGGAAGUUGCUAAUGAAGACACGCCCAUGAUUCAGUCAGCAGGUGCUAAAGAUACCAAAGCAAGUGAUGGUAAUACAGAUGAUGUGAAAAACAAAUCUCCAAAAGGAUCAAAGUCUAGUAUUGCCAAGGAUAGUUUAGUGUAGACUGACCAAAGAAGUUCGUCUCUAUCACCAAAAUUAGCAUCAAAAUGAAUGCUAACACAAUUUCAGUUGAGAACUGGAACUUUAUUAUUGUUGUUUGACAGUUGGUACAAAAACAUUUACAUUCAGCUGCUUCUCUCGUACCAAAAAAGAAAUAUAUAUAUAUAUAUCUGAUUUUUGAAAACUGUGUUCAAAGGACUGAAUUUUUUGGCAGUUUUGUCUCCUGUAAUUGCCUGUAUGUAUGUCUUUGGGCCUCCUUUUGUCAUAGAUUUUCAACCAUUUCUACUACAUAAAGUUACAACGAGGUUGGAAGUUGUAGCAAAUGGCCAUCAUAUUGCCAUUUUUUCGCUUGUCGUACUUCAGUGGGUUUAACACAAAAAAAUUAUUUUGUGAAGAAUAUAAUUACAUUGCUGAAAAAUAUAAUUUUAUUUACUACAAAAUUCAAAUAUCAGGGAAGAGGGGUCAACCGUAUGUGUAUUAUUUCUUUAUUAUAAGUGUAAAAAGUCAUUUGCAUCAACAUAUGUUUAGUGAGUUGAGUUGUGUGGUUCAUACUGAGCCAUCACUUUUGAGAUUAUUCAUUCCUGUUGUAUGUUCACAAGUCAUUCCAUAAUAUUUUUUAAAGAAAACUUUGUUAUUGUUUUUUGUUAGCUUUCUUGAUGGUGUAUUUGUAUUAGAAAAAUAUCAUACAUCUUGCCACCAAGUCAACAGAAGAUCAACAUAUUGUGAAUUUUGCUAUUGUUAUUAAUUUCUGGCAAGUGUAUUUCUUUUCCAGUCUUUCCAUAGUGUUGUAACUGGAUGGACCAUUAUCAUUUAUUUUCUUCAUAUUGUUUCAUGUCAUUCAUUUUUCUUUGUUUUACAGUUGUAAAUUU